AUGACUGAUAGCAAAUUCAUCCAAGAUGUCGUGGAGCUCAUCACGGUUCAGUCUGGGCUACCGAGUUCAAACCCGACGACCCCGACCUGGCAGACUCCAACCCAUCCAACCGUAGCAAACGCACGGUCCCAAGACUUGCCCUCAGAGACCGAUAUCAUCAUCAUUGGUUCAGGUAUUACUGGUAUCAGUACCGCGCACUCCCUCUUGAACCAUCCGAAAGGAACUGGUCUCAAAGUGACUAUGCUUGAGGCCCGCACGGCCGUAAGCGGAGCGACUGGUCGAAAUGGAGGACAUCUUGUCUCUGAUAGCGAUUCCUUGUUUCCGGUUCUUGCAGAAACUAUUGGCGUUGAGCGUGCGGUAGAGACUGUGCGGUUUAGUGACGCGAACAUUCGUCGCCUGAAGGAGCUUAUCGCUCAGUUGAGCCCUGAGGAUAGAGAAGCAGUGGAAUUUCGCGAGGUGACAUCAGCAAUGUCCUUUACUGAUCAAAGUUCAUUUCGAGGAGCCAUUGAGGAAGUCAAAAAACUGCUUGAAGCGGUGCCUGACAGUGAUAUCAAGUUCAAAGUAUACAAUAGGGAGGAAGCGGCCAAGGUUUUCAAUUUCACAAAUACUGUCGGCGCAGUUGCACAAGCCGGAGUCGCAGCCCUGUGGCCAUAUCGACUUCUGACCGCAGUCUUGGCCUCCUUGAUAAAAGAGUUCUCAGACCGUUUCUCACUCGAGACGAACACGCCCGUUCUCUCAGUUCAAGUUCAAAACGAUACUUUAGAAUAUCCGUACCUAGUGCGCACAUCGAGAGGAUUUAUUCGAGCUAAACAUGUCAUUCAUUGCACUAAUGGGUAUUCAAGCCAUUUGAUUCCCGGUCUCGUUGGCAAUCUAUAUCCAUUACGAGGAACCAUGUCUACGCAGAAACUUGGCCCGAAAUUUCCGCGAGCCGGCCACAACAUGUCUUGGUCACAAGUAUCUCUUGGUACAUAUGACGCAAAGACUGGACAUAUCCAUCUGGGCCUCUACUACGCUCAACAGAAUGCAAAGACCGGAGUAAUGUUCCUCGGUGGUGAAUCCCAGAGCCUUGGUGGUCUUCUCACGAGCGACGACUCAAACGUCGCAGAGGAUGCUCGCCAGACUCUAACUUCUGCAGCCCCCAUGAUCUGGAAAGAUGCAGCUCCCGCAGAGGCAUUGAAUGUCUGGUCCGGAAUAAUGGGGUUCACAGCAGAUGGUAUGCCUAUUGUGGGAAAGCUUCCGCAGAAGCUCACGGGCCGACAUGGAAGUGGGGAGUGGAUUGCUGCUGGGUUCAACGGCCAUGGGAUGGAUAAGUGCUGGCUUACUGGCGAGGCUAUUGCAAGGAUGGUGCUAGGGGAGGCUGAUGUCCCUGGAUUUCCCAAGGCAUACCUGUUGAGUGACGAUCGGAUGGGGAGUUGGUCACCUCAGGGAGCUGCCGAAACUCUGAUGGAUCAUAUCAUGGUUGGGAGCCAGGUUCCGACAAGCCAUCUUUAG